AUGUCACUAUAUCAUCUGAAAUUAUUAAUUAAAAAAUCAGCUCGUUAUGCUUGGCGUCGGCGAAUAUGUCGAUGUUGUCCUAGGAUCAUAUUUGAAUUAUUUAUUCCUACCAUAUUUAUUCUUCUCUUAUGUCUUCUUCGUUGGAUACAUACACCUUCAUCUAAAACUAUUAAUCAAGCAGCAUCAUUAUCGAACAGUAUCGAUUCAAAUCGUAUACGUUUAACACCUUCCUUCAUUAUUUCACAGCAAGACUCGAUCAGAAUUCUGAAUUAUACAUCAGUUUAUCGAUGUCCGCCAUCAUUGAUAACGAUUGAUAUCAUAUCUGAUCAUCUAUAUAAUCGUUUUAGACGUUUAUGUCCACGAAGUACUUUUGUCUUAUCAUCGGAACAAUUUCAUGGACAUAUUUUAGUUAAUACUUCUCUAAAAACACAUACUAUCAGUUAUCGUUGUCCAUAUAACAAACAACAAUGGUGUCAAAAAACAAACCUACUAAACAAAAAUCAAAUUCAGCAUCCGUCUACAUAUUUAUGUUCAAAACAAGAUGUUAAAGAAUAUAAUUUAUUAUUAAAAGCUUAUCUUGCAAUUGAAUCUCUUUUAAAUCGACCGAUACAAAAAUAUCAAUUAUCAAUCUAUACAUGGCCUUGUUCAUCCUAUAUUUCGGAUGCGCUGUUUGAAUAUCCUAAUUUUAUACUUCCAAUUAUUUUAAUACUUAUCGAUGGAUAUAUUUUAUUUAGUUUUAAUUUUCUUUUUCAUGAAAUAAUCGAUGAAAAACAUCAAGGAAUAACUGAACUUCUCCGAUUAAUUUCUAUUCAUCCCAUACUCAAUAGUCUUGCUUGGUUUUUACGUGUUUUUAUUAUACAAUUAAUAAUAAGUAUAUUUCUAAUUUUAAUAUUAAAAAUUUCUUUCGAUGGAGGAAUUUAUUUUGCUUAUGUCUCAAUCUGGUUUAUUAUUUUAACAAUUUUUUUAUGGACUAUUCAAGUUCUUUCACGUUCAAUUCUUGUUGCUCACUUUUUUAAUAGUAUACUUCAAGCAUCACUUUGGUCAUGGUUUAUCUAUGUUAUUUCAUUUUUGUUAGCAAUUUCAUCAUCGAUACAAUUACCAAUGAUUCUUCGUUUAAUUGCGUCAGCUUGGCUACCAUUCUAUUCAAUAAAACGAAUAAUUAUUCUCUUUAUACAAAUAAAUACCAGUGUAGGUCGUCAAACGAAUUUAACAACUGAAAUUAUUUUAAUUUGGUUAAGUAUGAUAAUUGGUAGUCUUUUAAUAUGGUUAUUAGCAUAUUAUUUCGAACAAAUUCGACCAGGUAAAUAUGGUAUACCACGUUCCUGGUUAUGGCCAUUAGAUUAUAUUCGUAAUAAACCCAAUAGACGCGAUAGUAGUGCUCGUGAAAAUAUGAUUGAAAUACCGGCUAACCAACAAACAACAGUUCGAAUAAAUAAUUUAACAAAGAGUUUUGGUCGAAAAAGUACUGAACAACAAAUUGCUGUUGAUCAUAUUUCAUUUAAUCUUGAAAAUUCUAAAAUACAUGGUCUUAUUGGUCAUAAUGGUGCUGGAAAAACGACAACAAUGGAAAUGUUAUGUGGUUUAUUACCAUGUGAUUGUGGAACAAUUGAAAUACAUAAUAAAAAUUUCUAUGAUAAUUUACAAGAACUUCGAUCUUGUAUCGGUUAUUGUCCUCAACAAGAUAUGCUUUUUUCAUAUUUAACUGUACAAGAACAAUUAGAAUUUUAUGCUUGUGUACGAUCCAAAGGACAACAUAUUGAUAAUAAUCAAAUUCAAGAAUUAUUAACUAUGAUGGAUAUGUAUCAAUAUAAUCAACAGUUAUGUCAUACAUUAUCGGGAGGUAUGCAACGAAAAUUAUCAAUUCUAUGUGCGUUUGUUGGUCAAGCUAAUGUAAUAGUUUUAGAUGAACCAUCAUCGUCACUUGAUCCUGUUGCUCGUCGAAUACUUUGGUCAUGGCUUCGACAAUAUAAAACAAAUCGAACAUUAUUAAUCUCAUCUCAUUUAUUAGAUGAAGUCGAAGAACUUUGUGAUUCAGUUAUUAUUCUUGAUUCAGGUAGAAUUCAAGCACAAGGUACAAUUCUUGAACUUAAACAACAAUUUGGACCAGCAGGCGAUCGAAUUUAUUUGGAUGUUAUACCAAACUAUAUACCAAAUGAAUGGAUUAUUGAUCAAGAUAAUCAUUAUAUACAGAUACCAAAUCGUAAACAAUUAAUUCAAUUACUUGUACAAUUAGAAAAAGAUAAUAUUCAAUAUUCAUUAGUUAAUAUUACACUUGACGAUAUUUUUCUCAAAUUAACAUCAACAUCGGAAUCAUUAAAACAUGAUGAGAAUAGUAUUAAAUCACAAAUUAAUGAAUUAUUUACUUUACGAACAACUACACAAUUGACUUAUUUAUGGUUUCAACAAAUCUUAGGUGUCUUAAUUCGAAGAAGUCAAAUAUUUUUAAAACAAGCUCGUUUAUUACCAAUUGUUAUAUUUCUUUAUAUAAUUUAUACACUUACACCACUUUAUAUGCCAUCAUUGACUUCAUCAUCUGAAUCAAUUCGUUAUAUAAUUUCUUCUUCUUCUUCGUUUGAAUACAAAACCAAAUUAAAUUUAAAAAAUUUCGAUAUUAAAUCAAUUCCAUUUUCUCAUUCAUCACAAGAAUUUCAAAAACAUUUAUUAGAACUACCAACAUGGUCAUCGAAUUCUAAUCAUCAAAAAAAAUUAAUUGGCCUUCGAAUAAUAUCUCAAGAUCAAAUGGAAUGCUAUGUGCCAUCACCUGCUCUAUCAAAUACAAUUACUUCAUGUUUACCGAUAUUUUCAUUAUUUUCUAAUCGAUCGAUUUCACCAUUACAAUUACUCGGAGAAGAAGAAUCUAUUAUAAUAUCUACAUCUCAACACGACUCAUCUUUCUUUUGUUUCUAUACACUACCACCUACACUUCAUCUAUCAUUUAUUUUAUUAUCCCUUAUUUUAAUUGUUUGUGCAGCAUUAGCCAUUCAAGAUUAUGCAUCAGGUCUUCAUUCCUAUUCACUUAUUCAUGGUCUUCGAUCACCCAUUCAUUGGUGUAUUAUAUUUCUCAGUGAUCUUAUUUUAUGUCUUCUAUGGUUAAUUAUUCUUAUUUUAAUAGCACGUUUUGUUCAUUCAUCAACUUUUAAUGAUCAAUUUUUUGCUUUAACACCACUUCUUUUCAUCGUUAAUCUUCCAUUUAUAUAUCUAAUUGCAAAAAUUUUCAAAACACCAGUAUUAGGUGCAACUAUAAUUAUAUUUAUUCUUCAAUUAGCACAUAUUUUAAAUACAUUAAAGAUAUUUAUGGAAAUUUUUCGAAAUUAUCGAGCAUUUUCAUCAUUAAUGUAUAUCAUACGAUGGUUACUUUUACUUAUAUUUCCAAAUGUGAAUGUCUAUAUAUUAAUUGUAGCUAUAUUAAGACGAUCUUUAUGUGAAUUUGAUGAUUCAAUAUUUGAACAGCAAGGACUAGAAUUUGCACAUGAACAAUAUUCAAAUAAAAUUCUCAUUCAUACAUUGAUUUUUAUUAGUCAAUUUAUCUUAUAUUUCAUUUUACUUAUUAUAAUUGAUAUUUGGAACAUACGAUUUCCUUGGAAUAGAAUUAAAAGUAAAAUAGAUCAACAACAAGAAGAAGAUGAUGAUGUCAAAGAAGAAAGAGUCAGGAUAAAAUCAAUGAAUGACGAUGAUAAACAAUGUGAAGCACUGGUUGUUGAUAAUCUUUCUAAAUAUUUUCAUGGAUCGAAAAUUCCAGCUGUUGAUCGAUUGACAUUUUCUAUACCACAUCGACAAUGUUUUGGUCUUUUAGGAUUCAAUGGAAGUGGUAAAACAACAACAUUUCGCAUGUUAGUUGGUGAAUUACAAUCAAGUGAUGGUUAUAUCUAUCGAAAACAUCAAGAUUCUAUUGGCUAUUGUCCUCAGAAAGAUAUUUCAUUUUCAGCAUUAACUGUUAUACAAUCUAUUGAUUAUAUAUGUCGUCUUCAUGGUCUUCAACCUUCAUUAUUAAAUGAUUUAAUCUUAACACAAUUUCAACUUGAAAAACAUCAACAUUAUUUAGUAUCAAAUUUAAGUGGUGGUACUCAACGUCGUCUUCAUUUAGCUUUAUGUUUAAUUGGAUCACCAACACUUCUAUUACUUGAUGAACCAACAGCAAAAGUUGAUCCUGUAUUACGUAGUCAUAUUCGUUUGAUAUUGCAAAAUCGAUCAGAUGAUACAUCGAUUAUAUUUGCUUCACAUUCAAUGCUUGAAUGUGAACAAUUAUGUGAUCGUUUAACAAUACUUGUUCGUGGUAAAGAACGAUGUUUAGGUACAGUUGAACAUCUUAAAAAUAAAUAUGGCAUUGAUUAUCGUAUACGAUUAACAUUACUUCAAUCUUCAUCAUUACAAAUACCAUUACUUCUCUCUAUUGAUAAUAGUAAUGAAUAUAUCUAUCCAAAAGGUAGUUUAGCACAAUUAUUUACAAUAUUAGAAGAACUUGUUGAACAACAAAAAAUUGCAUCAAAUUAUACAGUACAAUUAACAUCAUUAGAACAUAUUUUUUUAACAUUUCAACAUUCGAAAUAG